AUAUGGCAUCCACACUAUUGAAAAAUAAACCGUUCACUUGGGCUAUCAGCCUCUCGUUUUGAUUAAACUCGGAUAUCAGUAACCAUUGCCCACCAAAUUGCCAGACUAUGUCGGCUUUAUGGGGCCCAGUAAACUGGAUAAUCAUGAACAAGAGCAGUUCCUCAUCCGAGGGACGAUCAUGUUGCGUGGUAUGUAUGUUUGGGAGGGGGGACUGCCACUUUCCAACAACGUUCUGAACGCACUGCUGUAUACUUCAAGCCUUCUACAAGCUGCUUAUUCUCUGAGAGUGACCCUGGCCACGAAUGUGCAAGACAUCAGACCGUGUCCAAGGAAUCAGCGCAAGUUGCACAUGGCCCAAAAACAUCAUAUCAGGCAACUUGAUGAAGUAAUAGAAAUACCCCUAAGCCGCAAGAUUAACAGGGAUGAACGGACAAGUAACGAGAAACGUAUUAGACGAGAAAUACAAAAAUAAACUUGGAAGAAGGAAAAAACAUACAACAGCAGGGAUUCGCUGGUGGUCACCCACCCAACUACUAACCUGCCGGCGUGUGGCUUAAGUACGGCUGAGCGGACGGGAAGCCCUGUUCUCCACACCCUGUGGUCGUAUGUACUGUCUUUCUAUGAACUGGGAAUCAUAUUGCUUGCAAAUCA